CGUGGCCGCUCUCAGGUUUCUCUGUGCUACUAGCAGGUACUACAUGAUGCUGCGUCACGGCAGUGGUUAUAUUUGUUUAUCAAUUACGAUUUAUACUUUGUUACUUUAUUAAUUCAAAUAAAUUUAUUUACAAUAUUGAGUAAUUUCUAAGAGAAAUGGAAAGCGCGUAGAAACUCUGAAAAUAAUAAUUUGAAUUAUUUAUAACCUAUAGACUCUAACGAUCUCUGUAGUAAAUAACGCGAAUUUUUUAAAAAUUUACUGAAAAAAUAAUAAGAAAGUGUAUUGUAAAAACUAGACAUAUAUUUUUAAAUUGCGGUGACAUGGCAAACACUGGUUUACUAAUUUUAACAAAUCCUGCAAAAGUGAAAAUGCUUCUGCCUGUAAUCAACAAACAUGUUUUAAAGACAUUAUACAUACAAUAUCUUCCGGAAAAAAAUAUCUUCGCCUCAGGAAAAUACAAUAAUAGGACAUCACAGCGAAGUAGUUUGCAGUGUUCCCAGAAUAUCGUGGACAUUUACGUGAAUACUUCCACGAUUGCUUCUAGGCUUGAUGUUCGUGUUUUACUCACUAUCACCAAGUAUCCUGACAGAUCUGUCAUAAACACAAAAAAACCUGUAGAAAUAGUUAUUUUUGAUCGAACAUAUAGUAAAAAAGAAGCUGACACAUUCAUACAAGACUGUUUAGUAAAUACUUCAAUAGACUACAGUUUUGUUACUUGUAAUGAUAAUCAAGAUCAGAUUGACCAUAAACAUGAAGAAUGUCCUGUUCAGAAUGCAAAGACUUAUAGGAAUGUAGUACUGGGUGGCACAUUUGAUCGAUUACACAAUGGUCAUAAGAUAUUAUUAAGUGAAGCUGUUCUACGUUGCACAGAGAAGCUUACUGUUGGUGUAACUGAUACAAACAUGAUUUCUAAUAAAAUACUAUGGGAACUUAUAGAACCAUGUACAUACAGAAUAAACCAAGUUAAGGAAUUUUUAGAGGAUAUAGAUUCUUCAAUAACAUACAAUGUUGUUUCUAUCGAUGACAUGUAUGGGCCUACCAAAGAGGACUCAACACUUGAAAUGAUAGUUGUGAGUCAGGAGACAAAACGUGGUGGUGAUAAAGUUAAUGAAUUGCGUUUGCAAAAGAAUUUAAGUAAAUUAGAUAUUCAUACAGUAAAAUUAGCAAAUGAUGAACAUUAUGAUGAACAUGAGGAGGCCAAAAUCAGCUCAAGCAAUCAUAGGAUACGAUUACUCGGCACAAGACUUCAUCCUCCUAGACUGAAUGAUAAGCCUCUGAAGCCAUAUAUUAUUGGCUUAACGGGUGGUAUCGCAAGUGGAAAAUCUUCAGUUGCUGAGAAAUUGCAAAAACUUGGUGCUAGUCUUGUAAACUGUGAUAAGUUAGCUCACGAUUUAUAUUUACCUGGAAAAGUAUGUUUUGAUAAAAUAGUAGAAUAUUUUGGUUCUUCUAUUCUCAAUUCAGAUGGAUAUAUUGAUAGAAAGGCACUUAGCAAUAUAGUGUUUAAUGAUAAGGCACAAUUAGAAAAACUAAAUAAACUGAUCUGGCCUUUGAUUCUGCAUGAAGCUAAAAAGGAGAUAACUACUCUUCAUUCUAAAGGUCAUGAUAUCGUUGUAAUGGAAGCAGCAGUUUUAAUUCAAGCCAAAUGGCAGAAUGUUUGUCAUGAGAUUUGGACUUGUAUAAUUCCACAAAAAGAGGCUAUAAAACGGAUAAUGGAUAGAAAUAGAUUAUCUGAAGAAGCAGCGAAAUCGCGAAUUCAAAUACAACCAAGUAAUACAGAGCAAGUUAGAGAAGCGAAUGUUGUCAUAUGUACUUCGUGGAGUCAUGACAUUACACAAAAGCAAGUGGAAAGAGCAUGGAAGGAACUGACAACUAUAUUAUUCAAAGAAUCGCGAAACGAAUAAAUUCUAUAUAGAUAGGAGAUUCACAUUAUUUUUUAAUAAUAGAUAUAUAAAUAAAUGCAAAUAAUAUUGUAUUUAUAUAGAGUAGAAUUACUUUCUUAUAUAACUAUGACAACUAACAAAUUGUUUUUGAAAAGUAGCUUUCUUACUUCUAAUGUGCAAAAUUUCAGCUUUAUAUGAAAAUGAUGUUCAAUUAUUACUCUGUGAUAAAGUUUUGUAUAUAAGAAUUAUCAACAUAAAUAAUGUAUUUACUGCUGUUUAACACGUUUCAUGCUGUGUAGAUUACUAAUAGUAAAUUUUUUUACAUUAAAAUU